CGGAAAAAUUGACUCUUAAAUCACACCUGAAUGCAGCGUAUAAUUUUCCUACUCGCUCUGUACUUAGAUCAGUGGAGCAGCCGGCAAGUGCAGAUGAUCUGAUGCCUAUACUCAUAUACGUGAUAUUGGUGACUAACCCUAUGAAUUUCAAGAGUAAUUUAAUGUACAUCGAGAGGUUCCGCAACCCGAGGAUGCUAGUAUCAGAGCAGGCAUACUAUUAUACAACUAUGGUCAGCGCGGUGGAAUUCGUAUCAAAUUUAGAUGAGAAGACCUUAAAUAUCGAUCCCGACGACUUUGAAAGACAAGUGGACGAGGGUGAAGCGAAAUGGAAUAUGUCGCUUAGGCCGAGAAAUGUAUCAAAUACGGAUGCGAAUAAUAAGGAUGCAGCGUCGGCCAAGAGCUCGUCAGGGUCGUGGCGGUUGGGUCGACGGACGCUUCUAUCGAGUUUACAGUCCUAUGUCUCAGAAGUACCGAACAUUCUGAAUCGGGGGAGCGGGAGCGGUACAACCCGAGUGGACCAACCAGACAGCAAGGAGAUCACCACCCCGGAACCCAAAGCAAGUGCGAGUCGAUCGAAUACAUCUCCUUUGCCCGUGAAUAUAGCUUCAGAGGCGCAGAACAAUGGCGCUACGACGGAGCAGGGUCUUGAUCGAGACGCGGUGAUACAGUACAUGAAGAGUUUAGCAACCAAUUACAGUGGUACCGAUCCUCGACUGAGGGUCUUAAAUGUCGAGGAUCUCGACUUUGAGAACGUACCUCUGCUUCUGCGAGAAUAUCAACGCAUGGCGGGACUCAUGGACCAUAUGAUGGAACUAAUUCACGAUAUGCCAUAAAUUAGUGCGAUCCGGUACAGCAGGCCUCAACAUUGGCCAUUCGAUUCAGUUUCAGCGAAAUGGU